AUGAGUUUGAGUUACAGUAUUUACAAAGAAGGUGGACUCUUGAACGACCGGUACCAAAAAAUAGAAGACAUCAGUGAAGGUUCGUAUGGUUACGUUUCAUUGGCUAAUGAUGUUAAAGAGAAGCGGCUAGUUGCUGUGAAGUACAUUUUUAAACUGGAUGAAGAUGAUGAUGGCGAAAAAGAUGAUGAUGACGACAGUGAUUGUCCUAGUGUCUGUGACUCCAGUAUUGAAAAAAGACAGCAGUUAGUAAAUAAUAGAAACUCAAGAAUCUCGUCGAAAAUUCGAUCAAAGUUCUACGAGAACGUCUGCUUAGAGGCUGUUUAUGAAGUCGAUAUUCAAUUGAAGAUCGGGCAACAUAAAAACAUCGUGUCUUUAUUGGAUUAUUUCGACUCAUACAUCAUUUUGGAAUAUUGUUCGGGUGGUGAUUUAUAUGAAGCCAUCAAGGACGAUAUCGUUCCAAGGAAGACUGUCUCGAUCGUGAAAAUAUUCAAUCAAAUCAUGGAUGCGGUCGAGUUCGUACAUUCGAAGUCGAUAUACCACAGAGAUAUUAAACCAGAAAAUAUAUUGAUCUCGGGCAUCGACUGGAAUAUCAAGUUGACUGAUUGGGGUUUAGCUACAACUGAGAAAACCUCAUUGGACAGAAAUGUUGGUAGCGAAAGAUACAUGGCUCCUGAGUUGUUCGAAUCGAAUCUAGAUCUCCAAGAAAGAAAAGAACCAUACGAUUGUAGUAAAGUAGAUAUUUGGGCAAUGGGUAUUGUGUUCUUAAAUAUCGUUUUCCAGAAAAAUCCUUUCUCUGUUGCAAAUCAAACUGAUAAGUCGUUUUGUUAUUUUGCAGGUAAUAGAGAAGCUUUGUUUGAUGUCUUCUCUACAAUGAGUUACGAUUUCUUCCAAGUGUUAAGAUAUAGUUUGACAAUUGAUCCAUUGAAUAGAAACUUAUUAAGCAUGAGAAAUGAAUUAAAUGGUUUAUCAGAAUUUACCAUGGACGAUGAGUACUACAAUAACUUAGGUAGCGACAACUACACAGCUGUUUCAGACUCAGGAGAUUACAUGAAAUAUUCAGACGUUUCAUCAUCAACAACAGCUGUUAAUGAUAAAUUCUUAUUGAAUGAUACUAAAGCGUUUGACAAGCAAAUACCUUUCUCAUUACCAAACCCUAUUCCUGCAAUGACACUUUCGACAAGUGUUGAUGCCGAACCAAUUCUAAUAAACAAUGCCAGAACUGGUUCUCCAACUGUCUCGACAGUUAGUAGUAAUAGUGAAAAUUCAAAUCAAAACAACACUUCAACUGCUUAUUCCACUAAUAAUACGAGCAGGGAAUUGUCGAGAGAAAAAUAUCAAAAUAAAGAUGGCAAGGUUAAUCACGAAAAUAGUAAAGCAAGAGCGAAGUCUGUUCCUAAAUUUAGAUUCAAUAAACGUUCUCAUCCUAAGCCUGAAACAACUAAUCAAGGUAAUACUCAACAUGGUUUAAACCAUACAAAGCAAACCAAUCGUAGAAAGAGUUUCAAUGAUGUUGGCUUCAGAUUUAACAAUAACUACGGUAAUAAGAACCACAAUAACACAAACAAUAUUAACAACUAUAAUAAAUUUCCCCGUGCAAUUAAGAUCCAAAGGAGGAAAAAGAAACCAAUUAUCAAGAAUUCUAGAAAACCACUUGGAUUACCAACUCCAAACUCUCACAUGAAUAAUUUCUUCAAUGAAUACAAAUCCAAAGAUAACUUUAACACCAGUGAUUUUUUCACGCCCCCCACUUUGCAUAAUAGAUACAUCGAAGGUAUCUUCAAUAACAACAACAGAUCGCAUGACUACAAUAAAUUCCAACAUGGUAAACUUCAUAACAAUAGCAAUAAAUUAUCCUAUAAUUAUCAUAACAACAGUGUUUCUUCUUCAAAGAAUCAAAGAAGACCAAGCACAACCGGUUCCAUUACUGGUUCAGAGGCAAUUAACUACAUUCGAAACAGAGGACAUAGUAGAAAUAAUAGUUCUAAUAAUCCACAUGUUUCUCCUGGCAGAUAUAUUCCACCUAACCUAAGGAUAACAAGUUUAUAUUCGGGUGAAAAUUCAACUCCAAAAAAUAUUUCAGAAGUACUCGAUAUUCCACCACCAAGUACAUAUCAUGAGCAGUUUUUGAGUAAUACCAAUGGCUCAAACAACAAUGGAGAACCUGAUCUCGAUGAUGUUUUAUUUACCCUAGAAGAAAAUGAUUAUGACUUCGUAAAAGAUAUGGAUAGUCUAUCUUUAAAUAACAACGUCAACUCUCAAAGUGGUACUAAUUUAGUUCCAGAUUUACUGAAAACAAAUCAUGUCAGUACUUCGAUUCAGCAACCUGCUGCAAGAUCAUACAAUGGAGUUCUCAGAAAUUCUACUACAGGUGGUGAUAAUAACAGCCAAGAUAGCCGUAGAAGAAGUUCAUCUCAUAAAUAUAAGGCCGGUGUUUACGUUCCACCUCAUCAUAGAAGAUUAUCUGCUGAGCCUAGUUAUGACGAGACAUUAUCGGUGCCACCUAAUGGUAUUGCAGUUACAAAUACAAAUAAUCCGUAUUAUAAUCAAAGGCGCCCUAGCUUGACACCUUCUCCAAGGUCAAAUGCAUCACAAUGGACAAAUUCUGUGCUACAGAGAUCUGAUAGAACAAGUGAUAACAUAUCAUCAUCUCUCGAUCAACGAUUUAUGGCAAAAUCCGGAAGAGCUUCUCCUUUCCCGCUGAUUAAUCAUGCGUCCAGUACCACAGCUGUUCAAAAUAGAGAUGUAUUUGCAGAAGAUAAUGAUGCUCUAGUCUUCGAAGAUGAUGAUGAUGAAUUAGAUGAAAACGGAAUGGUCGACAAAAGAGCAAUGUUUGGACCUUAUGAAAUCUAUGAUCAAAAUGUUACUGAACCAUCUACAAACAAGCAGAAAGAUAGAACAGCUAGGAAAUCAAGUUUACUUCAAGAUCAGGCAGUCAAUUCCUUGGAGGAAUAUAAAAAUAACUGGCUGAUGUUGCAACAACAAGAUUAG